AAAAAAAAAAGGAUGUAUUUUACAGGUACCCUGUGAGCUGUGGAGGGGUCAGCCAGAGAGGUAAGAAGUCAUGAUUCAAGAAAAUCGGAGUGAGUUUACAAUAAAGCAACAAGGAAGUUAGGUUUGAAAACUCAAAUUCUGUUGAAUUCUAAAGGUAGAGGUAUUUCUUAUGUUCUAUAGAAAGUUGGGGUGUAUGCUUCAACAAUUUAGAAAGUUGUGUAUAAAUGUGUCUCCAUGUGAUACAGCUAGCUUCUGAAAGUGAGACCGCCAAUCUAUACUUUCAUCUGUAUUUGCACCUAUGAGUCAAGACGGUUUAGAAGGCAUGAGCCUUGGGGAUAUAUAUAUAUAUAUAUAUAUAUAUACACACACACACAUACAUAUUAUGAUAACAGUACUUGUUCUUCACUUUAGACUUCAUUGGAGAGUUUUUAACAUAUUUUCGAAUGUUUUAAUCUAAACAGUAGCUCCCAGGAUGGCUGGUUGCCUGUUCCGGGUUUGCCGAAGGCCGUCAUUUCAAACAUUUUAACUGCUGUCAGAGCUCUGCAGUACCCCAUUUUCAAAGCCUCUUCUGUUUUAUUAAAUCUUCCCCCCACGUGUCUUAAAGAUACUAAAAACACUUUUCUCUUGUUCUCCUUCACUUUAAGGUCCAUAGGGACAUUAUUUUCAUCAACUCCUCUCAUCUGGGGGGAGAAAAACACUUCUUAUAUCAGUUCCCUAAACAUGUUGGAGGACCCUUUUGUAUACUUUACUUUUACAUUUAAAUACUUUUACAUACAUUUAAAAAAUGACACUACCCAAGGACCAGUUUUUCUAAUUUUGUUUUACAUCUACGUCAUAUGAAAUUUCAAAUUGAUCAGAUGACUGUUUUUUUAAAUAAAAAUUUGAAAACUCAUCUAACACAAGCUUAAAACAUGCAUCCUUUUUUAAAUCUCUGUGUUCUGAAUAUUUAGAGCAAAAACAACCCAAGAAACCAAGGGUGUGUGUGUGUGUGUGUGUGUGUGUGUGUGUGUGUGUGUGUGUUUAAUGGAAUGCUAAAACAAAAGCAGCCUCAGUUUUCUUUAAAACCUCAAGGCAAACGCUUGGUUAUGGGACAGACAUUGCUGAUUCGCUGGCCUUGUGUGACUGGAUACUGACUGGCAAAGUGAAACUUACGUAUCAUACUCUAAUGGGCUUGAUCUGGCUCCUUGCCUAGGGAUAGGAGAAUCAGGCUCUCCAGGAAUAUCAGUAUUUCUCAUAUCCUUCUAUCUAUAUUUACAUUGCCUCUUCUGUUCCUACACAAACAUUUGUGGUUCAGUGAAGCAAGUUCCUGUCAAUAGCAGAGAUUUGAUUUCUUAUCCUAAUAACUUAGGUAUGGCUUUCUGACACUGUUCAAAAUAGGAAAAGAAAAAUCCUUUUAUUUGUUUUGCCAACAGAAUAUUAUCAUUUAUGUCAUUAAGGAGCAAGCGUGAGAAUUCUAAAAUUAGGGAACUUUGGGGUCUUUCAGCCUUUACCCCAUAGAUCCUCUUCUAAGUAAUUUUAAAACACAAAGUUUGAGGCAGCUGCUCUUCAUAAGAAAAAUAUUAUAAACCAUGCUCAUGUGACAUGCAGCUGGGCUUAGAUGGUCAAGGGUGUCCAGCUUCUCAGAAGGAGUAAGGCUAAAAUCACUUCCCUCCACCCUCCUUUGUUUGGUAUAAAUAUUGUAGCUGAUCUCCAGAAUUUUUGACUGUACUCUAUCUUAUAAAUAUAAAACUCAAGCUCUUGAGAAUUAAAUGUUUAAGUAAAACAGUUUAGGUUUAGGAAGAGCUUGCCUCAGAUUGACUAUAGUUUUUCUUUGUAUUAUCAGAUUUUUUCUCCAGUUUUUAUAUUGAAAAUUAUUUCUGAACCCAUAAAGACUUGUUAAGACAUCAUUCUAGAAUCCCCAAUAUUUAUUAUAGUUGUUACAGUAACAGUGGAACCCAAGUUUUUUUCAGAGCAUUAUUCAGCUUUUCAUAUCUAGGCAGAAACAAUUUCAGAGGGAAGGUAAACCCAAAACCCCAGUUAUGGGAAUGAGGCUCCAAGUUCCUAAAUCAUUUGUGGUUAUAAUGAUGGAUACCAUCUUGCCUGGCACCUGGUCCACAUCUUUCCUGAAGUCUACUGUAAGAGGGAGUAAAGGGCAGCCUGUGGGGCCCCAACAAGAGCCAGAGGAGGGUCUGAAUGACGUGAAGCGUAGUUCCAAAACACUGUAUUGCCACUGUCCCUCUUCAGCACUGCUGUGAUCAAACACUCAUAGGAAAGCCAGAAGAAAGAGCAGAUGUGUAUAGAGGAAGAAAAUUUUGUAGUUGGAAAAAAAGGGUUGUUACUAUUGAGUUGUUCAGAGAACUGUGUUAACAAUAGAGCUUUGUGCCUUUGCCAGAGUGUGAAAGAGGGAAACCUGUGUUACUCUGAGACUCAUGGCCUGCCCGCCUAUGUCUAACCAGCCAAAGUGAAUGGGGCCAGGCUUACUGCCUUCAUCUAUGCAGUCACAAAGGUAAAGAUGAUACUGGUGAGGAUAUUCCCUCCUGGGAGGCCUUGGCCUCAUGCCCCAGCAACCUUGGCAAGACUUGCUAAAUAACACCUUUGUCUGAGACAGGGUUAUGCAUCUUCUCCUCUUCAAUACCCUCAUGACAAGUCAAGGCUUAAGAUCAAGAAGCAAGGACAUGGAGGUGGACCAUCCCUCUGAGCAGCUCUAAAGUAGGGCCAUGCACACUGCCUUCCUGUCAGAGCCCUAGAGAAUAAGAGACGCUCGCUGCUGGUGAGAGAGGGUAUGGCCAGGAUUCCUGGAAUUGGAAGAUCUUCAGCUUCACCAUCUUUGGAGAGCAAGGAUGAACAUGAAAGAGAUGUGGCCCUUCUUAGUCGCAAGGAUUCUGACAGAGGACACACAGAUGAGCAGCUGGCACACCCGGAGCCCCCCAACCUUGACCCAAGCAUGCAGGCCCCACCCUGCAACCUCGCGGCUGGGCUCAGCCUGGACCACCUCCUCCCUGGCAAUCUCCGGGCCCACAGAGGGUCGUCCUCCCGGGGGGCACGGGUGCCUGUGAUCCGGAAUGGUGGCUCCAAUACCCUUAAUUUCCAGUUUCAUGACCCUGCGCCCAGGACCGUGUGCAAGGGGUACGUCCCCCAGAGGAGAGAUGCUUCCCGGCACCCAGACCCUGCUUGGUAUCAGACCUGGCCCGGUCCUGGCAGCCAGCCCUCGGGGAGCCAGAAGAUCCCUGCCUCCCAGCAUCCCCAGAAUUGGUCAGCCACAUGGACCAAGGACAGCAAGCGUCGGGACAAGCGCUGGGUCAAAUAUGAGGGAAUUGGGCCUGUGGAUGAGAGCGGCAUGCCUAUUGCCCCCCGAUCUAGUGUUGAUAGCCCCAGGGACUGGUACCGGAGAAUGUUCCAGCAGAUUCACCGGAAAAUGCCAGACCUGCAGCUGGACUGGACCUUUGAGGAAUCACCCAAAGUGGCUUCCUCCUGUGCCGCCUCUACAGACUCCAGGCAUCCAGGGCCCCAGCAAAGACCUGUGGCCAGGCCAGGCCAGGCCUCUUCUCUGAGUGGAAGAAGCUGGGACCCCUCUGAAGAGGUUCCUAGAAGCACCUUCAACUGUAAUCCUGGAGCAUCCUCCCUACAUCAGACCCCAAAUCAGGUGCCCAGACGCCAAGAGAAAGCAGACAAUAUCUGGACGGAAGAUUCUUGGAACCAGUUCCUGCAAGAACUAGAGACUGGACAGAAGCCCAAGAAACCGCUGGUGGAUGACGCUGUUGAGAAGCCCUCCCCGCCCAUUGAGGUCUUGCUGGAGAGAGAGCUGGCCAAGCUGAGCGCGGAGCUGGACAAGGACCUGCGGGCAAUUGAGACCCGGCAGCCGUCCCCCAAGAGCUCCCAAGUGCCCCGACGGUACCGGGAGCCGCGGCCCCCCGCGCGCCCGGCUCCCGCCUGGAGCUCCAGUUCCCCGAAUGCACUUUACCGGGGUUCCUCCCGGCCCCUGAGCCCCCACAGAAUGGCGGAUGGAGCAAGCCCCUUCCUAGGUCGUAGGGACUUUGUCUACCCUUCCUCGGCUCGAGACCCUAAUGCCUCUGAACGAGGGGGCAGCCCAGCCAGGAAGGAAGAGAAGAAGAGGAAGGCUGCCAGACUCAAGUUUGACUUCCAGGCACAGUCCCCCAAGGAGCUGACUCUGAAGAAGGGUGAUAUCGUCUACAUCCACAAGGAGGUGGACAAGAACUGGCUGGAGGGGGAGCACCAUGGCCGGCUAGGCAUCUUCCCUGCUAAUUAUGUGGAGGUGCUCCCUGCAGAUGAGAUCCCAAAGCCCAUCAAGCCCCCAACCUACCAGGUGCUGGAGUAUGGAGAAGCUGUGGCCCAGUACAAUUUCAAGGGAGAUCUGGAGGUGGAGCUGUCCUUCCGCAAGGGGGAGCGCAUCUGCCUGAUCCGCAAGGUGAAUGAGAACUGGUACGAGGGGCGCAUCUCGGGCACGGGGCGCCAGGGCAUCUUCCCCGCCAGCUACGUGCAGGUGUACCGCGAGCCCCGGCUCCGCAUCUGUGACGACGGCCCUCAGCUCCCUGCAUCUCCCCGCCUGACCACUGCCCGGCUGGCUCGUCACUCCGGCUCCCCGUUAACGCCACACAGCCCAGUGGACCCCACCGACUGGGGGAGCCGGACCUUCCCCCGCCGCACCGGCUUCUCCUUCCCCACCCAGGAGCCCAGAACCCAGACCCAGAGCACCCCGGGGUCAGCUCUGUCCCAUCCUGGAGGCUCCAGCCGUCCCCUGGACCUGGGGAUGCCCCCCAACACCGCUCAGAUACACUGGACCCCGUAUCGGGCCAUGUACCAGUACAGGCCCCAAAACGAGGAUGAGCUGGAGCUGCGGGAGGGGGAUCGGGUGGAUGUCAUGCAGCAGUGUGACGACGGCUGGUUCGUGGGUGUCUCCCGAAGGACCCAGAAAUUUGGGACAUUCCCUGGAAAUUACGUAGCUCCGGUGUGAGUGGUCUCCGUGGCAACUCAGAGCCCAGCCAGGAUGGGGUGGGGAGCAGUAGCACUUAUGGGGAGAGGAUCCCCCCUCCAUCAUCCUUCCCCGAGACCUGAGCUGCUGGCAUCUGCAGACAACCCCAGCAGCCGUUCUUCAGAGCCCCCCUCAAAGCCCCCUGGACUGCUUCCCACCCACAGCUCACAAACAUUCCUCCAGCAGCCUUUUUAUUUCCUCUCCUAUCCCACUCCCCAAAUAUAGAGGUCUGCUUUGAAGUGGAGACUGUUUCCAGGCCUUAUUGAGACCAGAGCCAGGAGCACCCCCACCCCCACCCCGCCCGGCUAUGGCGUUUCCUCUAACAGGGACCGGCUCCCGGCUUUACCCCCAUGGGGUUCCUCUACCAAGGACCAGCUUCCUAACCUAACAGAGACCAAAGGCCUCCUCUGCCUGGAGCGGAUUCGUCCCCUUUCGCUCCAGCUUGCCCACUGCCCCCUUUGCCUUCCUGCUUCCAGCUGGGUUUGGGAGUGAGGUGGGAGAGGGACACAGCACCGCUUAGUGCCCAAGGCCUGGCAAGAGGUCUUGCUCGAAGGCCCCGCCUUCCCCAAGGCUGCCAAGCCCUGGGCUGUGUGUGUGACCGGGCUGCCGUAAGGCCCAGGAAGGGCUGGGCCUCAGAGGACUGGCCUGCUCCAGGUGUUCCCCAGGGAGCCUCCCCUCCUGCCUCCCCAGCUCCUCCAACCCCCAAGUCCCCUCUGGAAGAGAAUGUAAAAUAAACCUGGAUACCAGGGA